GGAUCUGUUCCUGCUUCUCGCUGACUCUAGGCCGGUGCAGUUGACGGCUAUUUCUCGCCUAGCCAGUCGGAAGUCACCGUGACAUCGCCUGAAAAGGAUCAAGAAUUUCAUCGGGGUGGGAAGGAAGACUUUGGUCUCCCGGAUCCAGUCUCGGACUUUGAAUCACGCCGAUCAAUUCGGGUAGCAGAUGGGCCUGCGCCUAUUCCGUACCAACCCUCAGACGCCGGUUGGCAGGAAGAUGGGCCUCGUCAGACUCAGGCGACCAAUUUCAGUCCCAGUUACGAGCCCAAAGGAAGCGAUUCUAAGCCUCCUUCGGGGCCAGGACACGUCUACGGACGCAACGAGCAGAGCGGCACGACUGCUAUUCACUGCGUUGGGCAUGAUGCGAAUUGGGAGCCGGUAUUCAGCGAGGUUCCUCUGCCUGUAACUUCAGGUGGAACUAUAGUUUCGCGAUCCGGGUAUCGUGACGAUUACCGGCGAGACGCGGGACCCGGUUUUGAUGGCGAGCCCGAGUUUGCAUCG